AUGCGAUUCUUUAAUGUUAUUACCCUUUUUACGGCUGCAGCGUCGGCUGCAACCCUUGAGGCUCGCGAAGAGGCGGAGCUAUCCUCCCAGGGAUGCGGGAGCGGGGAGGUGCCCGACGAGUUUCUUCAACUAGUUGCGGAGUUGAGUGCCAAGAAUUCUCACUCUGUUCGUAGUGUGAAGAAGAGAAAGAGGUGCUCCCGUCGCCCUACUACUAGCCUUGCAAGUGUUCCAAGUGCUUCCGGUACCCCGAGUGCUUCCGGUACUCCAAGUGCUUCCGGUACUCCAAGUGCUUCUGGUGCUUCUAGUGCUUCCGAUGCUCUGAGUACUCCAAGUGCUUCUGAUGUUUCUAGUACUCCAAGUGCAUCUGGUACUCCGAGUCCUUCGGGUGUUUCUAGUGCUUCUGAUGCUUUGAGCACUCCAGGUGCUUCCGGUACUCCGAGUGCUUCAAGUGCGACUGAUGCUUCCAGCACCCCAAUUGCUUCCGAUGCUUCUACCGCCCCAAGUGCUUCGAUUACUUCAAGUGCUUCUAGUACACCAAGUCCUUCCGGUGUUCCAAGCGCUUCUCUCCGGGAAAUCAACGUUUACAUCCAUGUGAUAUCUCCCAACGCUACUGAAGACUAUGUCACGGAUGGUGGAAUCGAGAGACAGUUCAAUAUGCUCAGGGACGAAUUCGCCCAACACAACUUCACCUUGAAGCUCGGUGGAAGCGAGCGAAUCAGGAACGAGACCUGGUCUAUGGCCGUCGACAGGAAGGUGUUCAAAAAGAAGUUCCGCAAGGGAAAAUACACGGAUCUCAACGUGUGGAUCCUAAAGGGCCUCAAUGCCACAGGCGUCGUUGGCUUCGGCACUCUGCCAAACAAGAACCACCCGGAAACCUCCAACACCUUCAUAGAGGACGGCAUCGAGAUCCAAAGGAGCACCAUACCGAACAAGGACGACGGCGAUAAGUCUAAGGGCAAGGUGGGAGUUCACGAGAUGGGUCACUGGCUUGGUCUCCUGCACACCUUCCAGGGCGGCUGCACCGGCAAUGGCGACUUGGUGGCCGAUACUCCAGCCCAGAACGGAACUGCCAUGGGGAGCUGCAAGACUCGUUAUAGCUGCCCUGGUGUCGGACCUGACCUGACCAACAAUCAUAUGAACUACAGCCCGGCGCAAUGCAGGACGUCGUUUACACCAGGUCAAGUUCAACGAAUGCAAACCAUGUGGGAGGUUCGGAGAAAGUAA